ACGAGACCGUUGGCAAUGACGCUCGUCGAAGUAGCAAGUCAGUUCGCCUGGAAUCUAUAGUGACGCGUGCGUAAUGGUCCACAACAAGAGGCAAGCGCGCGACUAAUUUCAGCACACUGGACACACACUCUGGUUUCUUGCCCAUCCAUAAGUUAUCCACUCGACCUCCAGGAAUUGUUUAAUUAAGAACUAGUUUUCUGCCAAAAUGACUGUUGGUUCUCGUCCUUGUGAUCUGCUCCAGUACGCACAAGGAGAACUCCUCCAAUUAACCGUUAGUAACUUCAUUUGAAAGAGAUGAACCUCACGGACAUCCUACUGGAAGCUUUCAUUGUCGUGAUCGCUGUUGUGUCGUUGUUAUCGAACUUGUUGGUGCUGCUAUGUUUCUCCCAGAGUGCAGAGGUUCGAGCUCAAGUGCCAGGAAUCUUUAUCCUCAACCUUUCCUUUUCCAACAUCCUCACAUCCAUUUUAAACAUGCCAGCUACGUUUCUGGGACUUGCCACAAAGGACAGUCCGUUUGGACACUACUUUUGUCGGGCUGUAAGCUUCGUGGACACUUUUCUCACCACGAACGCGAUGUUGAGCAUGGCUGCGCUCAGCAUCGACAGGUGGAUAGCGGUGGUUUUUCCGCUCACUUACGCCAGCAAAAUGCGCUUCAGGGACGCGUUAGUGAUAGUGGUAUAUUCCUGGCUCCAGUCCCUCGCCUUCUCCCUCUCGGCUCUGUUGAUGUCAUGGGGAGGCUACAGCGACACUUACGCUUCGUGCACCAUAUACCUUAGCGGAGGUCAGAGCGGCGAGGCGGAGUUUGCCGCGUUUGCCGUUUUCACCGUGGUUUUCCACGCUACCAGUUUUGUGCUCUGUCUCUGCGUUCUCUGCUUUACGUACCUAAAGGUUUUGAGAGUGGCACGGUUCCACUGCAAGAGGAUAGACGUGAUUACCGUGCAAACUCUCUUAUUACUGGUUGACAUUCAUCCAAGUGUGAAACAGAGGUGCCUUUUGGAACAGAAGAGGAGAAAACAGCGAGCCACUAAGAAAAUCAGCAUUUUCAUUGGUUCUUAUGUUCUUUGCUACGCACCCUAUGUCAUAACAAGGUUGACGGAGCUGUUCCCUCACGUACGCAUCGACCGCCGGUGGGGCAUCGCGACCAAGUGCCUGUCUUACGGCAAAGGCGCGUGCGACCCGUUUGUCUACUCGCUCCUGAGGCAGCAAUACAGGAAAGUCCUCGUUAACGUCACCCACCGGGUACUAAGGAGGGACCAGUAUCCGUCUCCCGGGCAGAGCACAAGCAGCACCUUCGACACGGACCACGAGGGCAACAUACCCCAACCCAUACAAUUAGGCUACAUGAAGCAGGUUCACAACUUCAGACCCACAAAUGACAAAUAACAAUGUAGCACCGCGAAAUGUACAGUAGGCCCUUACUACAGGUGCCCAAAGGGUGUGCACUGGGAAUUACCUUUUUGUUUACAAGAUUUUACAAGGGCUUUUUUUAAUGUUGUGUGAGAUUUAAACUGGUUAUGUGGACUUUAAACAGGACAAUUUUCCCUUGGAUUAAAGGGAUACCA